UGCGACGGCUUGCUGAAAAUCAACGAUCGCGAUCCGCGGCGAAUAAAAUAUAUAUAAAUAUUUUCUGACAAUUUUUGUGGCAAUUAAACCUUGAGGGACUGCCCUUUGGGAUAACUUAGAACUUCAAUCUGUGUAGUUAAAGCUAAAGGGAGAGCAGGAAGCUAUACAAGUUCCACAAAAAAAGAAGUUUUCAAUUUAUAUAAUCGAAAAGUGCGCAGCAGUUGUUAAAGUUUCAAUCGUUUGCACUCGUCAUGGGCAUUAUUCCGGAUAUACGCCAGCUGGUGACGCUGGACUUUGAGGUGUAUGGACAUGUGCAAGGUCUGAAUCUAACGAAAGAUACACGCGAUCGCUGCACCAAGGCGGGCAUCACUGGAUGGGUGAAAAACAGCAAGCAGGGCACAAUUGUUGGCAAAAUGCAGGGCCCCAAGGAGGAGGUGGACAAGAUGAUCACCUGGCUGUCUACUGAGGGCUCGCCUGGCUGCGAGAUCCAACGCUGCGAUGUGCGGAAUCAGAGCAACCUCAACCGACUGGAUUACAAGGACUUUGCCAUUAGAUUUUAAAUGUGCUGCUGCCCCAUCAUAUCAACAUAUGGUGUGGCUUGCACUUUUUGUGUUUGUUUUGUGCACUAUUUCGAUAAGUUUGUAAAUA